AGAUUAAAUACGUCAGUGGUGUUUUGGGAGGAUACAUACGACCACCAAGAUGCCGAUAACAGGUGGAUUGAGGUUUCUUGCCAUUGCUGCAGUGGUAUUGACGGUUAAUAUCGAAGACACAAGGGCUGCCACAUGCAACGCCAAUGCUUACGUGGAUCUGUACUUCAUCAUUGACUCUUCGUCAACUGUGGGUAGGACCAACUUCAACACGUUGAAGCAGUUUGUUAACAAAAUGAUUGGAGCCUUUCCCAUCGGGAAGUCAAAGGUCAACGUUGGUGUUUUCAGGUUCAACCACAAGGCUGACCUGGUCAUCCCAUUGAACAAGUACUUCAACAAGGCCCAGCUUCAGAGGGCUGUUUCGGGCAUUCGGUAUCGUCGAGGAGGGUCUUCCAUCUUCAGAGCGCUGUAUUACCUCGGAAGAAAGGGCUUCCGCUCCGGGGCCGGUGACCGAAAGCACGUCCAAAACAUGGCCGUCUUGGUAACGGACAGCGUGUCCAAGAAGAAGUACGCACGAUACACCCCGCGCUACGCACGCCUGCUCAAGGACAAGAGUGGAGUAGAGAUGUUUACAGUCGGCGUCAAAAUUUGGACGGCAAAGGAGUUGCAGGGCAUCGCAUCCCAGCCACUUCCCCAGCAUAUGUUCUUCUUGAAGACCUUCAGUGAUCUGAGAAAACAUUCAGCAAAGAUCGCCAAGACUUUCUGUUGGCACAUCAACAAGCAUAUGCCCAAGAAAUGCAUUGAAUGGUCCCCCGACGAGCACGUUGCCAAAGCCCCAGGCUCUGCCUACGUAAAGAGUAUCAAGAAUUCGUUCGACUGCUCCGAGUACUGCUUGUACGACCCUACCUGCACGGCGGCCGAUUGGUUCGCGGACCGUAAGCGCUGCGUCAAGCACCGUGCCACUGGAAAGGCGCUGAAGACCGUGCACGCUACGAGUCAUCACGAGGAGGACCACUAUAUAAAGCAGACCAAGUGCCCACACCACUCCAGGACCACGCCUAUGCCGACCACACCUGAUCCAGGGAAGCUGUGUGAUGCCAACGGUCGAGCAGACGUCUACAUCUUGAUCGAUGCAUCUGGGAGUGUCGGUAGAAAGAACUUCGUCAAGGAACUGGCCUUUGUCGAUAAGAUUAUUGACAGACUACCCAUCGGCAAGAACAAGGUCCGAGUCGGCGUCUACAGAUUUAGCCAUUACAAUCAAAUGAUAUUCGACAUGAACAAAUACGACAAUGCUAAAGCCUUGAAGGCGGCCAUCAUGAAGAUCAGGUACACUGGUGGAGGUACCAGGACGGACAAGGUUCUUGCAGCAGUCAGGCACAGGGGUUUCAAGGCUAGUCGUGGAGAUCGACCCAGUGUUCACAAUGUCAUCGUCCUGGUCACAGAUGGUGUCUCUAACAAGCGUAAGCUCACCCUCCAAGAAGCAGAAUACACAAAACGUGUUGGAAUCGAGAUAUUCGCUGUUGGAGUACAGAUCCCUACUAAGGUCGAGGUCAGGAAGAUUGCCUCAAAGCCAACAAAGGAACAUUUGGCGAUCAUCAAGCUGUUCCACGCAAUGAACCAACAUGCUGGUGGUAUCGCCAACAACCUUUGCCAUUCCGUCAACAACCCACCUGCCCCGCCAACACCGGACCCAGCUGCGAUUCUUUCGCCUGGCAAAGGUUGCAUGACUGCCUAUCCCAUGGAACACGUUGCCUGGCCACAGUCACCCAUCUCAAAGAAGGGAUUCACCACCUCAGUCGAAUGCAGGGACUAUUGCAUGAAACUGAAAGUGUGUACCGCAGUCGACUGGACUGUCAAGACAAGGAUUUGUCUCGUCCACAAGGCCAGGCAGUCGUGGGCUCUUGGCAGGAUGACGUCUUACACGGACAAGGUUGUCCACUAUCUUAAGGAUCUCACCAAAGCAUGCUUCACUACUCUAGCACCAACCGUGCCACCGACAACCACCACGACUGUCCUUCCGACAAUGGACCCAUUCAAACAAUGUUCUCCUGAAGGCAUGGGUGAUCUCUUCAUUGUCGUUGACGGUUCCAGCAGCGUAACUGUCCAAAAUUUCAAACACAUAAAGACGUUUGUGUCAAUGGUCGUGGACAACCUCCCAAUCGCCCCGCACCAAAUCCGAGUCGGGGUCGUCCGAUUCGAUUCCAAGUCGACGAUGGUGUUCGAUCUGAGCAUGCAUAUUGAUAAGGCCGGCGUGAAGGGUGAUGUGAAGAAGAUCAAGUAUACUGGUGGACCUAGCUUUGCCCAUCUUGCCCUGAAGGAGCUGAAUACGGUGGGUUUCACUAUGAUGUAUGGUGCUCGCGCAACCACCCCCAAAUACGUCCUCUUCAUCACCGAUGGUACCUCAUCUAAGCCUACAAAAACCCUACAAGAAGCUACGGUUUUGAAGACAAAAUACGGAGCCGAGAUAUUCGCCGUAGGAGUUGCACUGCCAAAUACCAAAGAAGUUUACGACGUCGCGUCAACUCCAGCAAAGGACCACGUUACUCUUAUCAGGCAAUUCGACAGGAUGAAACUGCAUGCUGUGGAUGUUGCCACCAUGAUUUGCAAAGGUAUCAAUAACCCAAAACCAAUGCCAACUACGACUACGACUACCACCGCCUCGAAAGCCGAAUCAACUCGACCUAAUCCGGAUGCGGUCAAUCCAGAUGCACAGAAUCAGCAACAGUUUAAUUAGCAACAGCCCUCUGGUGGUGAACAGGGAGGCCAGCCCAGCAAUGUGACGAAAUCAGGCGGCGCUGAACCUUAAACGGUCUCAAAACCAAUCCCUCCUGUUUUCCAUUAUAAAGUUCAGCUACAAACCUAAAAUCUAAAAAUGUAGGUCUUAUCAUUCCCAGUGUGAUGUUGGAUCACCGUUACUUAUUCCCACGUAGAUAGUUUGCCGAGGGGUAAGGAUUAUAUUCAUAUAGCCUUUAAAGGUUGGGGCUACGUGAGAAUGAGAAACCAGGCUUGCCUUAUAUACUUUCAAUCACAAGCCUCUCUGGGGAUUUAACUCGUUUUCUCGCAAUGGAAAAUAAUGGCCCUUCCGGCAUUAGCAUAUUCAGUUUUCCAUCCUGUCUCAUUGUUCAUUAAAGCAAUGACGUGCAUAUUGCUCUCAGUGCUCUCAAUGCUUUUAUGGUAAUAUAUGGACAAGAUGAUGAUGUGUAUAAGGAAAUCCUUCUUCCCACAUCUUUAAUGCAUGUAGCUAACUUAUGCAAAGCCAAAAUAAAUCCCUUGGAAGAUA